ACAGAGGGAAGGAAGUCAUUAGUGCAGGCAGAGCCGUGGAGUUUGGGGCUCUUGCUGGAUUUCCCCACCCGUUUGUAACUUUGUCCUUGUGGCAGUUUUGUGGGCAGAGUUGGGCACCCAGCCAAGGCUGCUCCUUGCACUGCAGGGUCUGUGGGGGUAUGUUCUGCUGAUACCUUUGGAAUUUACUUCGUGAAAAUUGACUGAAGCAGAAAUGCAUCCCGGAGUUGGGAAUUCUUCCAGGCUGCGUGUGAGGAAAUCAUUGGUUUGAUCUUUGUUAGCAGAGUGGCUUGGAUGGCAGCGGGUGUGUGUGUGUGUGCGCGCUAAUUUCCUGCAGGAGAGAGAAUUGCAGCUCCUACUUCACCAAGGCUCUUCCCUGAAGGAGAAUCCCUAUCCCAGGGACCCACAAGGCUGCAGGUUUCCCUGGAGAAUGACUUGUUCAGGCAGUGGAGCUGCUGCUUCUGGGACUUCCUGAUGGGCAGGGUUUUUAUGGCAUUUCCACCAGUUUUUCUUGAACUAAAUACCAAGAGACUCGAGACUUUUCCCCCUUUUCUGGCUCUGUGAUUUCCUUCUCCAGUGAAUAUGGCAAAGAUUUAAAGGGGCAGGACGGAGGCAGCAUGACUUGCAGCUGCAGCUUCCCUGCAUCUGCCACCAGCAUCCAGCCAAUAUCUUGAUGCUCAACAUUUCUGCUUUACAAAUAUGAUGAAAUGGCAGCCCCGGAAGAAGGUACACAGCAAGCAGAGAAAAGGGAUAAAACAACAAAAGGCCUGUACACCUUACCCAAAACUUGCAAGAAAAGAAUAAAGUUUAGGCGUACUUCCGACAGGGUGUUGCCCUUCAGUAUCUUGGACGCCAUGCAGACGCACUGGCAGCAUUUGCAUCUGGGCUGGCUCAGGAUCCCAAGAGUCUGCAGCUUCUUGUUGGGAUGGUGGAAGCCGCCAUGAAAUCCCCCAUGCGAGAGUCACUCGAGCCAACUUAUCAGCAACUUCAGAAGAUGAAGCUGGACAAGAGCCCCUUUGUGGUGGUAUCGGUGGUUGGCCAGGAGCUCCUGACUGCAGGCCACCAUGGUGCCUCUGUGGUUGUGUUAGAAGCUGCCCUGAAGAUCGGCACUUGCAGCCUGAAGCUAAGGGGAUCCGUGUUCUCUGCUCUGAGCAGUGCUUACUGGUCUCUUGGGAACACAGAGAAAAGCACCGGAUACAUGCAGCAGGACUUGGAUGUAGCCAAGACAUUAGGUGACCAGACGGGAGAAUGCCGAGCUCAUGGGAAUCUGGGCUCCGCAUUCUUCUCCAAAGGAAAUUACCGGGAGGCCCUUACUAACCACAGACAUCAGCUGGUGCUCGCCAUGAAACUCAAGGACAGAGAGGCAGCUUCCUCAGCUCUAAGCAGCCUGGGCCAUGUGUAUACAGCCAUUGGCGAUUACCCCAAUGCACUGGCUAGUCACAAGCAGUGUGUCCUCCUUGCGAAGCAAUCCAAAGACGAGCUCUCGGAGGCCCGCGAGCUGGGGAACAUGGGGGCAGUGUACAUUGCUAUGGGGGACUUUGAGAACGCGGUGCAGUGCCACGAGCAGCACCUGAAGAUUGCCAAGGAGCUGGGGAACAAGCGGGAGGAGGCGCGAGCCUAUAGCAACCUGGGCAGCGCCUACCACUAUCGGAGGAACUUCGACAAGGCCAUGUCCUACCACAAUUAUGUGCUGGAGCUGGCCCAGGAGCUGGCUGAGAAAGCCAUUGAGAUGCGGGCCUAUGCUGGCCUGGGCCAUGCUGCCAGGUGUAUGCAAGACCUGGAGAGGGCCAAGCAGUACCAUGAAGAACAGCUGGGCAUUGCUGAGAGCCUGCAGGACCGAGCGGCUGAGGGCAGAGCCUCUUCCAAUCUAGGGAUCAUUCACCAGAUGAAAGGCGACUAUGACUCUGCUCUGAAACUCCACAAGACUCACCUGUCCAUCGCCCAGGAACUGAAUGACUAUGGUGCUCAGGGCAGGGCCUACGGCAACAUGGGCAAUGCGUACAAUGCCCUGGGCAUGUAUGACCACGCUGUGAAAUACCACCGGCAGGAGCUGCAGAUUUCUAUGGAAGUGAACGAUCGGGCCUCGCAGGCAUCCACCCACGGGAACUUAGCAGUGGCCUAUCAGGCCUUAGGCGCCCAUGACCGGGCCCUGCAGCACUACCAAAACCACCUCAACAUCGCCCGGGAGCUGCGGGACAUACAGAGCGAGGCCCGGGCCCUCAGCAACCUGGGCAACUUCCAUUGUUCGCGAGGAGAGUACGCGCAGGCAGCCCCUUACUAUGAGCAAUACCUGCGCCUGUCCCCUGAGCUGCAGGACAUGGAGGGGGAGGGGAAAGUUUGCCACAACCUUGGCUAUGCCCAUUACUGCCUUGGAAACUAUGAGGAGGCUGUGAAGUACUACGAGCAGGAUCUCGCCUUGGCAAAGGAUCUACAUGACAAGCUGAGCCAAGCCAAGGCCUACUGCAACCUGGGCCUGGCGUUCAAGGCCUUAAUGGACUUCAGCAAAGCCGAGGAGUGCCAGAAGUACCUGCUGUCUCUGGCCCAGUCUCUGAACAAUUCCCAAGCCAAAUUCCGGGCUCUUGGGAACCUGGGGGAUAUUUUUGUAUGUAAAAAAGAUGUAAAUGGUGCAAUAAAAUCCUAUGAGCAGCAGCUGAGUUUAGCCCAUCAUGUCAAAGACCGGAGAUUGGAGGCCAGCGCCUAUGCAGCCUUGGGUUCUGCCUACAAGAUGAUACAGAAAUAUGACAAGGCCUUGGGGUACCAUACACAGCAACUGGAGGUUUACCAGGAACUAGGGGAUGUGCCGGGUGAAUGCAGAGCUCAUGGCCACCUUGCUGCAGUGUACAUGUGCCUUGGGAAGUACACCAUGGCAUUCAAGUGUUACGAAGAACAGCUGGAACUUGGACAGAAGCUGAAGGACCCCAGUAUAGAGGCCCAAGUCUAUGGCAACAUGGGCAUCACCAAGAUGAACAUGAAUGUUAUGGAGGAAGCUAUUGGGUACUUUGAGCAGCAGCUGGCCAUGCUACAGCAGCUGAGCGGAAACGAAGCUGUGCUGGACAGAGGCCGGGCAUAUGGAAACCUGGGGGAUUGUUAUGAGGCUCUAGGAGAUUAUGAAGAAGCCAUAAAGUAUUAUGAACAGUACUUAUCUGUAGCUCAGAGUUUAAAUCGCAUGCAAGACCAGGCGAAGGCCUAUCGGGGCCUGGGAAAUGGGCACAGGGCAAUGGGAAGUUUGCAGCAGGCUCUCGUGUGCUUUGAAAAGAGGCUAGUGGUGGCCCAUGAGCUCGGGGAGGCGUUCAACAAAGCCCAAGCCUAUGGGGAGCUGGGGAGUCUGCACAGCCAAUUAGGAAAUUAUGAGCAAGCCAUCUCCUGCCUGGAACGGCAGCUCAACAUCGCCCGAGAAAUGAAGGACCGGUCUUUGGAGAGCGACGCAGCCUGUGGCCUGGGGGGAGUCUAUCAGCUAAUGGGCGAGUACGACACGGCACUGCAGUACCACCAGCUGGACCUGCAGAUUGCCGAACAGACCAACAAUCCCACCUGCCAGGGCAGGGCCUAUGGGAAUCUGGGAUUAACGUACGAGUCGCUGGGCACCUAUGAGAGGGCAGUGGUUUAUCAGGAGCAACAUCUCAGCAUUGCAGCUCAAAUGAAUGACUUGGUGGCCAAAACCGUGUCCUACAGCAGCCUUGGGAGGACACACCAUGCCUUGCAGAACUACUCUCAGGCUGUGAUGUACUUGCAGGAAGGACUGAGACUGGCAGAACAGCUGGGGCGUAGAGAAGAUGAAGCUAAAAUCCGCCAUGGCCUGGGCCUCUCCCUCUGGGCUAGUGGGAACCUGGAGGAGGCCCAGCACCAGCUCUAUAGGGCGUCAGCACUGUUUGAAACCAUCCGCCACGAGGUGCAGCUGAGCACCGACUACAAGCUAUCGCUCUUCGACCUGCAGACAUCAUCCUACCAGGCCCUGCAGCAAGUGCUCGUCAGCCUUGGCCACCAUGACGAAGCCCUGGCUGUGGCAGAAAGGGGAAGAACGAGAGCGUUCGCUGACUUGCUGGUGGAACGUCAGACUGGACAGCAGGACUCUGACCCCUAUUCCCCCGUCACCAUUGACCAGGUUCUGGAGACUGUGAAUGGCCAGAGGGGACUUGUUCUCUACUACUCACUGGCUGCCGGCUAUCUGUACAGCUGGUUGCUUGCUCCUGGGGCAGGAAUUCUGAAGUUUCAUGAAUACUAUCUGGGUGACAGCAUGGCAGAGAAUGCCGGGGACAUCCAUGAAGCAAGCAGCGUGGGCUUCCAAACGGUUACUAAUUCAGCACUGGAGCUCUACAUCUCAAGUGUACGAGAGGCACUGGGCGUGGAUUCCUACUAUACCCGCGCCUGCGCCAGCAGCGAGACAGAGAGUGAAGCUGGGGACAUCAUGGACCAGCAGUUUGAGGAGAUGAACAAUAAGCUGAACUCAGUAACUGAUCCAACCGGCUUCCUGCGAAUGGUCAGCAGGAAUAACCUCUUCAACAGGAGCUGUCAGAGCAUGACCAGUCUGUUCAGCAGCACCAUGUGCCCUGCUAAGGAUGGAACAUCCUCUCUUCCUAGGAGGCAGAGCACCUUCUCCAAACCCCCGCUACGUGCGCUCUACGACCUGUUGAUAGGGCCCAUGGAAGGGGGUCUGAUGCAUUCCAGUGGUCCAGUCGGCCGCCAUCGCCAGCUGAUACUAGUUCUAGAGGGAGAACUGUACCUUAUCCCCUUCGCUCUCCUGAAAGGAAGUUCCUCGAAUGAGUACCUCUACGAGCGCUUCAGCCUCGUCGCAGUACCAUCUAUCCAGUCACUGAACCCCAACUCCAAGUCCCUUUUGAAGAAGAAUGCUCCUGCUUAUUCCAGUUCUACCUCAAUGGCAGCUGUCAUAGGAAAUCCCAAACUCCCUGCAGCAGUGAUGGACAGAUGGCUUUGGGGGCCUAUGCCCUCUGCAGAAGAGGAGGCCUAUAUGGUAUCUGAAUUACUUGGCUGCCAGCCUCUGGUUGGCAACGUGGCAACGAAAGAGAGGGUCAUGAGUGCACUCACUCAGGCAGAGUGUGUCCAUUUUGCAACCCAUGUUUCCUGGAAGCUGGCUGCCUUGGUCCUAACGCCCAACACUGAUAGUAACCCAGCCAGUAGCAAGAGCUCCUUUGGGAAUCCCUACACAAUUCCAGAAUCCCUCCGGAUGCAGGAUGAUGCCAGUGAUGUGGAGAGUAUCUCAGACUGCCCUCCUCUCCAGGAGUUCCUGCUCACAGCAGCCGACGUUCUGGAUCUGCGGCUUCCUGUCAAAUUAGUGGUUCUCGGCUCCUACCAAGAGUCCAACAGCAAAGUCACUGCUGAUGGGGUCGUUGGCUUGACACGGGCAUUCCUGGCUGCUGGGGCUCAGUGUGUCCUAGUGUCACUCUGGCCUGUUCCUGUGGCCGCUUCCAAAAUGUUUGUGCACGCCUUCUAUGCCUCCCUCCUUAAUGGAAUGAAAGCCAGCGCAGCCCUCGGCGAGGCCAUGAAAACCGUGCAGAGCAGCAAACAGUUCUCCCAUCCAUCCAACUGGGCAGGCUUCAUGCUCAUUGGGAGUGAUGUGAAGCUGAACAGCCCUUCCUCGCUAAUUGGACAGGCCCUGACAGAGAUUCUGCAGCACCCGGAGAGAGCACGAGAUGCCCUGAGAGUCUUGUUACAUCUGGUGGAGAAGUCGCUGCAGCGAAUCCAGAACGGGCAGCACAAUUCCAUGUACACCUCUCAGCAGAGUGUGGAGAAUAAAGUUGGCGGCAUUCCAGGCUGGCAGGCAUUACUCACUGCUGUGGGGUUUCGACUUGACCCUCCUGCGAAUGGUCUUCCAGCUGCAGUUUUCUUCCCAACUUCAGACCCCGGUGAACGGCUACAGCAAUGCAGCACCACCAUCCAGUCCCUCCUAGGUUUGCCUAACCCGGCACUUCAGGCACUUUGCAAACUUAUUACUGCUUCAGAGACUGGAGAACAGCUUAUCAAUCGGGCUGUUAAAAAUAUGGUGGGAAUGCUACAUCAGGUCUUGGUUCAACUCCAAGCAGGAGAGAAGGAGCAGGAUUUCUCCUCUGCACCGAUCCAGGUCUCCAUCAGUGUCCAGCUCUGGAGGCUUCCUGGCUGCCACGAGUUUCUGGCAGCCUUAGGUUUUGACCUUUGUGAAGUUGGGCAGGAGGAGGUGAUACUGAAAACUGGGAAACAAGCUAAUAGGAGGACCAUGCACUUUGCUCUCCAGUCCCUGCUGGCACUUUUUGAUUCUACAGAGUUACCCAAACGUCUUAGCCUGGACAGUUCCUCAUCACUGGAAUCACUGGCUUCUGCUCAGUCCAUUUCCAACCCAAUGCCUUUGGGAUAUCAGAACCCUCCCUUCUCUCCUACUUGUCCAGACAGUAUUGCAUCAGACGCCAUUUCUGUGUACAGCCUGAGCUCUAUCGCUUCUUCAAUGAGUUUUGUUUCCAAGCCAGAGAGCACAUCAGAAGGUGCAGGGCACAGGGGGCGACAGGACUAUGAAAGGCCUAAGAAUGUCUAUCCGCAAAGGUCCUCUGUGCCACGGAGCCAACUGUCUCCACAGACCAAUGCUGCAGCCAGCAAAGACAAUGAGGAGUAUGAAGGAUUUUCUAUCAUUAGCAAUGAGCCUAUGGAAACUUAUCAAGAAAAUAUAAAAACAAGAUUUUCCCCUGAUCACAAACAAUCCAAAACUGGUCAAUCUGGAGGGAUUAAAGUUUCUGUCAGUUCCAAAGGGAGCAUAAGUACCCCAAAUUCCCCUGUUAAAAUGACUCUUAUUCCCAGUCCGAACUCACCUUUCCAAAAAGUUGGAAAACUUGCAAGUUCUGAUACUGGAGAAUCUGACCAAUCUAGCACUGAAACUGACAGCACUGUCAAAUCCCAAGAGGAGAACAACCCAAAGCUCGAUCCACAAGAGUUGGCCCAGAAAAUUCUGGAGGAGACUCAAAGUCACCUUAUUGCUGUUGAACGUCUUCAAAGAAGCGGCAGUCAGAUGAACAAGAAGAAGAACUCGGAAGAUGGAGCAGCAGCUGGUGCUUCUGUAUUCAGAGCCUCAGAGACCAGCGCAUUCAGUAGGCCACUGAGCUCUAGUCAGAGGAGUCAUCCUUCACCAGUUACAAUUAAACCAAAGCCUCCAACAAGGAGCUCAUCCCUUCAGAAAGUGAGUUCCGGAUAUAACAGCCCCACAACGUCGGAGAUGUCCAACAAAGACGGCACAGGCCCAUACAGUGGGCAGCCUUCUCCGAAUUCUGACUCUCAUGGCUCGUUAACUGAACACCCUCACUUUAAACUCAAGUACCCUAGCUCUCCUUACAGCGCUCAUAUUUCUAAAUCUCCCAGAAAUAUCUCCCCAAGCUCAGGGCAUCAGUCUCCUGUGGGCAGCACCCCCUCUCCUGCUCUCUCUUACUCCUCAGCUGGGUCUGCUCGCUCCAGCCCAGCUGAUGCCCCAGAUAUAGACAAAUUAAAAAUGGCUGCCAUCGAUGAAAAGGUGCAGGCCAUCCACAACCUGAAAAUGUUUUGGCAGAGCACUCCCCAACAUUCCACAGGCCCUAUGAAGAUUUUCCGAGGAGCUCCUGGAACAAUGACUGCUAAGAGAGAUGUUCUCAGCUUGCUAAACUUAUCUCCACGGCACAGCAAAGAUGAAAGUGCAGACAAGCUGGAACUUAAGGAGUUGUCUAUUCAGCAACACCUUGCUUCUCCACAAAAGAACCCUCCAAAUGGACACAGGCGCCCUGAAACUACCAAUGCAGUGACUUCAUCCCAUUCUCCACCUUCCAAUAGCAUUCCGGGAACAGUACGCCCCUUGAGGCUGCCAUCUGGGAAUGGUUAUAAAUUUUUGUCACCAGGGAGAUUUUUCCCUUCCUCCAAAUGUUGAAAUGUCUUUUAUACCAGUUGAUUCAACUUGCAAUCACAUAAAGGUUCUCAGUAUUUGCUUCUACCCACUUGCCUUGAUCAAUACAAAACCACAGAAUAUUACCCGAGAAGCCAUGGUCACACCCAUGAUUAGCAGUGCAGAGUAAUGAGACAAAUUAGCCUGGCGCAGUGCAUUACAGUGUAUGACAAGGGCCUUAUGCAAAUAGGUUUCAAUUCCUCUUGUCAGUACUUUGGCCAGACGCACCUGAUGACAGUUUUGUGUAGCAUUCACAGCUAGUUCUGUGCAGCAGCAAAUUCAAUUAAUCUGUAUGUCUGUUCACAAAAUGUUAGCCUUUAAACCACCUACAUGUAUUUCUUAUCCUGAAAGGAUGUUUACAGUUGGAUUUUUAUACAGAAUUUAUACAUAUCCAGGGAUUGGGGAAGGAGGCGAGACGAGGCAAAUCUUCCAUUUUGUGCCACAAGGAUAAUGCACACAGAGCAGAAGUACAAGCCAUUGCUUUUAUGCUUCCAGGGGCUGCGCAGGGGGAGUAGAUGAUAAUGUAACUAGGUGAAAUUGCUGUUAGUCAAAUGCAAGCAUAUGUGAGAAAACGCUAGCAAUGUACAACUCCCUGGCAACAUUGCCAACACAUCAUUCUGGUGCUGUGCUGGCGACAUGCUGAUCAAGUAGAAAGGGAUGUUCCAUUCUUAAUUCCACUUUCAGUUAACUUUUUCUGAAGAAAUGCCUUUUAGGCUGAAAUUUCCAUUGAUUGGUCUGACCCCAAAAGAACAUUUUGGUAAGUAAUGAACAAAAUCCCAUAUCUGAGUAGCGUGAGAGUGACAGAUAAAGUUCUGGUUUUACAGAGUGGUACCUUUGUUGCACGUAAUUUUACAAGGGUACUUUUUUCAUAUUGGCAGGUAGCUGGUCAGCACAGAACUUCUCUGUUUAACUCUGAAAAUGAGAGGCAGAUGCACAGUGAAUGUGAGAGAGGGUUACGCAGUGUGCAGCUCCUCAGCAUGCAGAAAUCGGAUAUUGACGUGUGAUCUAGUGAUCACGUGUUCAAGGAGCUCUCUCCAUUACUGUUAGAUCUUCCCAAGCCUCUUCCCAUGGAGAAUUCCACAAUCCCUUUCCCUGUUAUGUUGCUUUCAGGGCCAAUAUAUGCAAAUUAAAUAGGUGUGUGUCUCUGUGCAAACAGACCGCACGUGGGAUGGAAAGUUCAAACUGACUGCACAUUAAAAUCUAUGCACCUGGGUCUGUUAACGCCUUCUCCCUGGGCCCCGUGGGAAAGCCAGGAGCACUCCUGCAGCUAGGAGGGGAGACAGGCUGGGCAACAGCCAUCACAUAAUGAGGCGGAGCUAAGGCAGUUGGGAAUCAGGCUGGGACACUUGUGGUUUUUAAAGAAGGUCGUUAAAUAGAAACCACAGAAUUAAUGUAACGAAGAUCGAAUUUACGUGCACUGAAACCAGGACAUACACAGCAACAUGAACUCAGCCGCACUGCAUCUAUAGCUCAAAGCAAAGUAUUACACAGGCAAUGUGCUGUGAGAAUCUUAGAGCAAGGAACAAAGUGAAGUUACCUGGCUUCUGCUCUAGACUCUCCCCAAUUCACUGUGAAACUGAACUAGUCACUUCACCCCUCUGUGCCUGAGCGCCCCCAUCUGUCAAAUGGGGGUAGUAAUACCUACCUACCUACCUCACAGGGGUGUUGUGAGGCUUAAUUAAUUAGGCCUCGAUUUUUAGUUCGAUUUCAGCUCAGCUCCUGGUGUUGUGCUCUGUAGUAGAGGCCUAUCUACAUGAAUUGUGGGUGCAAUCAAAUGGCUGGGCAUAGCUGUAGAUGCAUAAAAUUGUGUCACCCAGCCCCCUUUUGAAGCUCUAGGUCUUAACAUUUGUGAUGCUCUUUGAAAACCUGGAUGAAAGGUGCUAUAGCAGUACAAAGCAUUAAAUUCUCCCAAUUUAACAUUACAUGGCUGUAAUAUAAAAUACUGGCCCUGAUUAGCAUUUAAAACCCCUAUGGUUUGGAGAGGAAUGUUUCACAACUGCACAAGAAACUAAAUGCAAGCACUAAGAAACAAUCACAACUGCAAGAAACUAAAUGCAAGCACUACAGAUACCAUAUGUCAGGGGAUGUGCAUGCAGACAGUUAAUAGAGAGAGGGAUGAUCAUGAAACUUUCAGUGCAAAAGACCAGGAAGAGCUUAAUGCUCCAUUACACAUAUUAGAAAAUGUGGCAGAACAGUAAGCUAAAUCUACUACACUUCUUACUAGAUGCAAAUUAUUUGGCUGUUGCAUUACAGCUUCCUAUGUGGGUGAUGUAAUAUAUUUUAUUGGCCCAACUUCUGUUGGUGAGAGAGAGAAGCUUUUUAGCUUCACAGAGUUCUUCCUCGAGUCUGGGAAAGGUACGAAAGCCAGAUCUACGCUACAGACCUAUAUUGGUAUAACUACCUCACACAGGGGUGUGAAAAACCCACCCCCCUGAAGACAUAGGCCUUGGCUACACUGGCGCUGUACAGCGCUGCAA